UCCCAACCAAAUUAUUCCACCUUCUUUCAUGAAUUAAUUUAAAUAAGAAACAACUGUUUUGCUCCAAUAACAUCACCCAAUGAAAAGCGUUUAAUUUACGGCUGAAUUGUUAUUAAUUUUUGUUACGACAUCGUCAAACAUUUCCUGAAUGGAAAACAAAUCUCAAAUUACAACAAUGCAAAAUGGCAAACAACAGAUAGAUGAUAAUAGGGAAACCCAAUCUUUUGGCCGGAAACAAGAUUAAAAGCUCAUCUUAUAACACCAAACCAGGGCCACCGAAAUAACUACAAUUUUACAAAAUUCUUUGUUUGUUCUUUCAACUGUAACACAAACCUCCUUUAAUUAGACCAAAUUAGAAACAUGUGUUUACAAAAACCAAGUGCAAAUGUGACCAAGUUCCCCCACAAGAGAAAGAACCAAGGUCUACACAAUAUGAACGUUACGAACCCAAAAGAUGUCGUUAGUUCCACACGAAACCACGACCAGUGCGCAGUGAAAUUAUUCCCUCGACACAAUAAUAACAGUAAGAUCCGGCGGAUGACACUAGUCGGAAUUUCUUUGUGUGCCAACCAACAAAACAAGUGCCAGUGUUUUGUCAACCAAUCAAACGAUAACAACCAACCAUGAUCUUCCGUACUCUCUUACUUUUCGUCUUUUUCGCCCUCGCCAAAGCCCGAAUUAAAACCCCGGCCAAAGUCGACGUCGAUCAACUCCGUUCGGACUUCCUCAACCUCGAAGACCAAUUAUGGAAUUUCGUUUCCGGUCAGUCCGAUAAUCGUCUCAAAGAAAACGACCAAAUUGAAGUCUCACUCAUACGAGAAUUUGAGAAAUUCGGUGAUAAAAUCCAACAAGUGUUACCACAUGACCUCAAUCACGGAUUACAAACACUGGAGGGUGUUUGGGCCUAUGCCUAUGCUUACACCGAUCUGAGGGCCAUUUAUGCCCUUUAUGAGACGUUUCGGAGGUUUCAAGCCCUUCAAACGGCCGAAGGAAGGAUACCGUCGCCGAAACAGGCAUGGAUUGACCUCACCAAGGCCAUUUUGGAUGACCCCAAAAAUAGUAUCAAUGAGUCGUUAACAAGACUGCAUUAUGUCGUCGAGCAAAAAAAUCUAUUCGUUGAAUCGGAAAAGGAAAUCGAAGGUGAUAUGUUAUGCAACUCGCACCAAUCACCCCAACAGGUCCUCUUCUCCCUUUACAAUGCCAUCUCCCUCACCGAACUUAAAGGUUACACAAUGAUUCAAUUCGCCUACAUGCUGAAACGUCUCUACGGUGAAGGCAACUUCACCACCGAAUCACAAAUCGCUCGUGAACACUUCCAAGAACGCACAACAAACAUCAUCGAUGCUGUCAAAUCAGCAAUGUCUUCAGCAUCACGUGAUUUAUGGAAAUGUGAUCCUAAACGACACGUUUCAGGCGAAACUUAUGUCGAAGUAACACAACUUUUACAAGGUUACAUUCAAAAUGAAGUCGAUUUAAAUCCAGAGGGAACAUGUCGUGAAAAUUGUGCCGAAUACACUUAUACCAAAAGUCAUGGUUGUUAUAAAAAUCUCUGGUGUCGUCAACAACGUCGUUGUCAUGGUAAAGUGAUAAAUUGUAAAUAUGUCGAUUCGGAUAUGUGGGUGUGUCCGGCGGAUAACCAAAGUAGGCGGUACGAAUACGUCGAAUAUGAAAAUGGGCGUGUUUUGGGGCGGAAACAGGCAUGUAGGAGGGGCACAAGCAAAGUUGAUAGUUGGUGGAGGUGGCUUUUCUGGCAUUGCUCCUAUUGUUUCUGUCUUUGUGACGAACAAGGUGUCAACUCUGAUCGAUAUAUCAAUUUGAGAGCUUCUAUAGCCGACAUACAAAACAAUCGAGUGGUUACAGGCCUACGUUUCGUCAAACAUAACAGAAUAAUUCAUUUACAAAUCCAAGAAGGUAAAUUGUUACCACGUGGUAACAUCGAUGUAACCACAGUUCAUUGGGUACCAGUCGAAGAAUACAAAAUAACCGAUUCUAAUGUUGUCAAUGGACAAGAUUACCACACUCUAAGUUGGGAAAAACGCGCUGUUGAUUUAGACGAUUUAACCACCGAUGAGGGUUUCGUUGUAACCGGUGUCCGGUUUAAACUAAUCGGUUCACACCUAAAUUUUGAAAUUUAUACAACACCAUUCGACUACGAAACCGGUCAAUUAAUCGAUCCGGAAACCAAAAGUAUGUAUAAGGAUAACCCCAAUACAGACUCUUCCCUCUACAAACCGAGGACUAGAGUUAGACUGACCAAUCCCGAUAUCAGUACUCGAUCACCCUCCCCCUCACUCCCCGAUUCGAAAACCGACCAAUAUAUUGAGUUUACCAACACUGAUAUGGACCGAGACGCCGCCCAAACCACCGUUCCAUUUUUCGACGCCCAACCUGUGGAUUCCCUACAACCGGUGCCCCUCACUGGGGCCGGGAUUUUCCAUAAGGGACAGAAAUAUUUCGGUGGUUUCAUCGCCCCCAAAUUAAUAACGUACGAUUUCAGUAAACACCUCCAGAUUGCUUUCCCCGAAAGCGAACCUGAGGUUAAUUAAUACGUAAAUACCCAAUUGUGUAAUACUCUGUGAUUUAUGUUACGUUUUUUUUUUAAUUACUGUAAUAGUCAUUACAUUUGUAGAGAAAUGUUUUAGUUAGUUUUCAUCAAUGUUUUUGUAUGUUUGUCAACGAAUAGACUAAUUAUUUAUACCGA